AUGGCCGGCUGUGGUCUUAGGAGACCAAGCGAGUUGUUGGCUAUGAAGCGCACAUCGGCGCCUUCGUCAGUCAAACGCUCACCUCCACAGUCGAAGCCGCAGCCGCAGCCAACUCGACAGCGACUGGCGUCUGUCUCUAGCACACCUUCCGCUCAAAGCAACUCUUCUGGUCGUUCUGCCGCAAAACCGAACUCGCCAGGAUCUUCUCAAGACACGGUUCGAUCCACGGGACGGCUUUCGCAGUCCAAGACCACUGGAAGUCGAACGCCUCCAACUGAAGGCAAAAAGCCCGCCAAAAGUCAUUCUACCGUUCAGGCCCAGCCGCCAGCCCGAGGUAAAAAGAGAGCCUCGGAUGAGCAUGAGAAACAGGCCACCAAACGGCGUCGCUCUUAA